GUCAUUAUAAUAGAUUUUAUCAGAAGUUAAAAUCUUGGGGAGAUUUGGAACGAAAAGGCCAAUCAUUAAUGGAGUUUUCGGGCUCUGUUCUAGAUUCUACAUUGAAGCCUGAGUCAUGUAUUAGUGAUUCUUGUCCUACUGACGAACAUUCCAGGAUUAGUUCUAAUGAAAACAGUGAAGGGUUUUCUCGAAUCAAAUCGAAAAAACCGACUAGGAUGAUCAAACAUUCGACAAAACGAAAAAGACUCGAAUGGCUUCCUGCUGGCCCUGAUUUGGUUCCUGAAGCUGAGUUUUGCCCUGAAGCAAUCACUGAAUACACUAAUAAGUCUAAGUUGGAGAUGCCUUCAAGUAUCUUGGCAUUGAAGGCUAGGAAACAUCUUUCAUAUCUGGGCUGGAAAAUUGAGUUUGUGAGAGAGAAUGACAAGCCAAAACUACGAUAUAUUUCACAUGAUGGGAAGUGUUACCAUUCACUUCGCCAGCUCUGUCUCGAUUUGAGGGAUCCUGGUUCAGCUCCGAUUUCUCAGGAUGAACAAAGCAGUGAUGUUCCUUCUCGUGGUGGUCGGGUCUCAUCGCCACUAAGUACUAAAAAUCCAUUACUAUGCAAGGAGGCACCCAAGGCCAAUAUGGUUUCUCAUUUAAAUGCUGUUGUGGUUGAGCCUGAGUACUGCCCUCAGGCUGUAGAGGAGUAUUAUUUGGAAGGAUCAGAGGACAAUAAUGGCGGUCGUGUGGUGAAAAGAGAUGUUAAGCUUGGGGGUAUGACAUUGAAAGCAAAGAAGCACUUGUUAGCUAUGGGGUGGUCGUUACAUUAUGUCAGGAAGAGAGGCGGCAGGGAAUUGAGGUAUUGUUGUCCGAGUGGAAGAGUGUUUUAUUCUCUUAGAACAGCCUGCAAAUUCUGUAUAGAUGAAGGGGGACACUCUAGUUCUGAUACUAAGGUUCAUAAUUCUGAAAGAAGACAAAAUAUUAAUGUCAGCAAGGAAGGUAAGGGCCAGUUAGCUGUUGAGGGAUCAUCGAUUCCACAAACAGAAAUCGAGGGAAGUUUGGUGGCUGUUGAGGUGUCAUCGACUCUACGGAUGCAAAUUCAGGGAAGUUUGGUAGCUGUUGAGGGUUCAUCGCCUCCACUAAUGGAAAUUGAGGGAAGUUCUGUAUCAGGGAAUGCAAUCCCGGAGAAGCAGGCAACAGGUUCUUCUUGUAAACGACUGUCAAUGGAACUUGGUGAACUUUGUAACGGCAAAGGGAUUCAAAAACUCAAAAAAAGGAGAAAAUUUGAUGUACUAGAUUCUGCAUCCCCCUCCAAACAAACAAUCACAAAUGCUGAUUCAACACUGAAGAGGAAAGGAAAGGAUUGUAGAGCUUUGAUCAAACAAAGGAACAAUAUGGAUGGUGAUUUUUCUGCUUGUGUGGUGCAAUCAAGAAAAAGAGCACGGGAGGUGGCUAUUCCUUCUUCCUCUCACCACCACACCCCUAGAACUGUAUUGUCAUGGUUAAUAGACAAUAAUGUGGUUUUUCCCCGGGCCAAAGUAUGUUAUCGUGGCAGAAAGGAUGGUUGUCCAAUGGCAAAAGGGCGAAUUACUCGUGAUGGGAUCAAGUGCAGUUGCUGUCAAAAAGUUUUUACUCUCAGUAAGUUUGAAGCUCAUGCUGGUGGUACUAAUCACAGACCUUCAGCCAAUAUUUUUUUGGAGGAUGGCAGGUCACUGCUGCAAUGCCAAUUGCAGUUGAAACGCAAUAAUAAUCAGAGAAGCGUGAGGACAGAACCCCGUGGGAUGAAGGGUACUCGGCAUGACAUCUCAAACGAUUAUAUAUGUUCUGUCUGUCACGAAGGCGGUGAUUUGAUUUUAUGUGAUCAAUGUCCAUCCGCGUUUCACACAAUUUGCCUUGGCUUGAAGGAUGUUCCUGAUGGAGACUGGUUCUGCCCACCAUGCUGCUGUGGAAUUUGUGGCCAAAGCAGAUUCAAUAAGGACCCCAAACGGUUUACAGAUAAUAGUGGUCUCAAUUGUGAUCAGUGUGAACAUCAAUAUCACAUUGGGUGCCUAAGAAAAAAGGGUCUUAUAAAGGUGGAUUGUACUGACAAAGAAAAUUGGUUUUGUACUGAAAAAUGUGAAAAGAUAUUUUUGGAGUUGCAAAGGCUUUUGGGGAAACCAAUUCCAGUUGGGUCAGAUAAUCUAACUUGGACUUUACUCAAAUAUGUAAAGUCUGAUGGUUGUGAUCAUAGUGCCACUGAUGCUGAGGCCUCAGUGGAGAAUUACAGCAAACUAAACGUUGCUCUUGGGGUGAUACACGAGUGCUUCUGGCCUGUCAAGGAGCCUCUAACCAGGAGGGAUCUCGUCGAAGAUGUAGUUUUCAGUACAGGGUCAGAGCUGAAUCGUUUGAACUUUCGAGGGUUCUAUACAGUGGUUUUGGAGAGAAAUGAUGAACUGAUUACUGUGGCUACUGUAAGGGUGCUUGGAGAAAAGGUUGCAGAAGUACCACUUGUUGCCACACGGUUUCAAUACCGCAGACUUGGAAUGUGUCAAAUUCUAAUGGAUGAACUUGAGAAGAAACUCAAGGGCUUGGGUGUGGAGAGGCUGGUUCUGCCUGCAAUUCCCAGUGUGCUGAACACUUGGACAAGUUCAUUCGGGUUUUCAAAGAUGACAGAGGCCGAGAAAUUAAGCUUUCUUGACUUCACUUUCCUCAAUUUCCAGGGUACCACAAUGUGCCAGAAAAUGUUACUUGAUAUUCCUCCCAAUGACUCAAGAACAAGGCUACUUUAG